AUCACUCUUUCUUUGCUUGCUAUUUUCUUCUUUUUUUCACAUUUGUAAACUAUUGCCCAUAUAUCAUUUUAUUAUCAUUAUCAUUCCAUUUUCUUGAUUUUUUCUUCUUUCUGUUAUCACCGAUAUUUAUUUUACCUACUUGUUUUUUUACGUGAUGUCUCAACGUUGUGGAUUGCAUGGAAGAUCCUUUACGUUAUCUGAUUUCUAUGCAAAGAAAGGUUAUCAUCCAAUGGGCAUGACAUUUGGACGGUUCCCUUUUACACAAGCCGACUUGACCGAUAAACAAGCUCUAUCGUCCAAUACCAUGAUGAGAAAAUACCCAACGGAAGAUCUUUUCGAUCAAGAACUCAUCAAUAAUAAUCAAGAUUUCAGUAGUUUACCGGCUAAAAAAGUUUUAAGCAAGGCCGAACGACGGGCGGAGCAUAAUGCUAUCGAAAGAGCUCGACGAGAAACUUUGAAUAGCAAAUUCCAUCAAUUAGCGCUGGCGCUACCCAAUCUUCAAAGUUAUCGUCGUCCUUCCAAAAGUGUGAUCGUGGAAAAGGCGCUGGACUGGGUGAAACAAAGCUUGUCAAAAGAAGAACGCUAUCGAUACCAGAUCAUUCAACUGCAGCAAGAAAACAAGCGACUACUCGCCGAACUUUUGGCUCACGAAGAAAAUCAGGCGCAAUUAGGCAAGGCGACUCAUUCCGGUUCUCCCACGCCUCAGGAAGCUUCUCUUUCUACACCUUCCUUGCCCUACAACAAUUGGUUAGCCAUGACUUCAUACCCCCUGAUGGAUGAUUUGAUGAUGAAGCCCGAUCUUCUCGAGAAUCCCAUGGAUAAACGAAAGACUCAUCUUCUCGAAAGCAAGGCUGAUUUCCAGCCUUCCGAAAAAGACUAUUACCGGAUGCCUGAAGAGUCAUCGCUUACCGAUCCUUUGGUCCCUGACCUGUACUCUUUUCCCUUGCGUAAUAACGACAACGCUUUCAUGGAUACCACUAGUGGCUGGUCCACAGUGCCAACGAACAGCAUUUCUUGCCAGUAACACAGCUGAUCAAACUGUACAGUAGCUGAUUGUUUUUUUUUAUGUAUCCUUAGUAUCACCGAUAUAUUGUAUUUUUUUUUUUCUUAAAAACGUCCUUUUGAAAAUAGCAGCGCUGAUUUUCCUAACAUUUUCCGGCUUUGAUGAAUGAAGUAAUAUUAAAGUUUUACCUCCCCACCCUUGCCUGAAAAAAUAACGC